ACAAACUGAAAGAAUCGUCUUUCCAUUGGAUAGAAAUAAAUUACAAACGGCUGCGGUUUUGCUUGCUUGCAUCUUUGAGUUGAUAAUUUCUCGAGUCUCCUGAGGUCAAAAGUGAAGUGAGUAAUUGAGCUAGAGUGAGAUGGCAAGAGAUCAGUUGGAUUAUGGAGCUUUUAUGGAGAAAUUCCUUCUCCAACCACACCCUUCGGACCAUCAACUUCCCCUGAACUCCCUCACUUUUGCCGUCAAGGACAUAUUUGAUAUGGACGGAUAUACGACUGGAUUUGGAAAUCCUGAUUGGGCGAGGACUCAUCCAGCCGCCACGUCAACAGCUCCAGCUGUUCUGGCCAUCUUAAGGGCAGGAGCUACAUGUGUUGGUAAAACUGUCAUGGAUGAAAUGGCAUACAGUAUAAAUGGAGAAAACAUACAUUAUGGCACCCCCACAAAUCCAUGGGCACCAGAUAGAGUGCCCGGAGGAUCUUCUAGUGGAUCAGCCGUCGCAGUUGGUGCGGGCCUUGCUGAUUUCUCCUUAGGAACUGAUACUGGAGGAAGUGUGAGAGUUCCUGCAUCUUACUGCGGAAUUUUCGGGUUUAGGCCUUCCCAUGAUGUGAUUUCCACCUCUGGAGUUAUUCCUAUGGCACAAAGCUUUGAUACUAUUGGAUGGUUUGCUAGGGAUCCAGUGCUUUUGAAAAGAGUUGGAAGUGUACUGCUGCAAUUGCCAAAUGUGGAAUCUGUGAGACCCGCACAAUUGAUCAUCGCAGAAGACUGUUUCCAGCUUUCAACUACUCCGGGCAAUCGAGUGGCAGAGGCUUUUGUUAAAUCAGUAGAGAGGUUAUUUGGUGGUCAUACUGUAAAGCAUCUUAGCCUUGGGGACUAUGUCAAGGACAAAGUUCCAAGUUUAAAAAGUUUUGUGAGUGAAGGAAAAGCAGAACAAGAGUAUAAUAUACCAUCCUUGGCAGCCUUAUCAAGUGCUAUGCGUUUGCUUCAAAGAUGUGAAUUCAGGAACAACCAUGGUGAAUGGAUCAAAACAGUCAAGCCUGAUUUAGGUCCUGGGAUCUCAGAACGUGUACGGGAAGCUCUUCAAAUGACAGAUGAAAAAAUUGAUGUCUGCCGCAGUGUGAAAAAGGAAUUAUAUGCAGCUCUCACUACUCUUCUUGGGGAUUAUGGUGUCCUUGCCAUUCCGACGGUUCCUGGACCGCCACCAAAACUGAAAGCACCUGCAAAUACGCUCGAAGUAUUUCGUGCCAGAGCGUUUAGCCUGCUGUCAAUUGCCGGAGUGUCUGGAUUUUGCCAGGUGAGCAUACCACUAGGGAAGUAUGAUGACCUUCCCGUGUCAAUUUCCUUGUUGGCAAAACAUGGCUCAGAUGGGUUCCUCCUCAGUCUUGUUGAGACUCUUUAUGAUACUCUCAAAGACCAGGUUGGAUUAGCCAUAAGACCAUGAGCUACUAAAGCUUGUCUCUUAUUAAGCUCUAGCUUUGCUCCAAAGUUGAAGAUACACUCUGCAGAAACUUAAUCCAGCAGAAUGGAUUUACAUUUACUUAGAGAUUGAUUCUCUUCAGCUUUCCCCAAUAUAAUUUAGAAUGUUUCAUGUAUUUGAUCAUAUAAGCUAUUCUACUAUUUAUAUA